UCCUUACCCACAAUGCAAAGCGAAGCAGCCACGUACGGAUAUACAGAUCCACCCCUGCUGCUUGUCGUUAGCUUCCUGUGCUAACUGUUCACUCACAGAGCAGCACGUCACUGGUUUCUACACGAUGCUACACUCGUUUACCAGGUCUUCAGGGAGAUCACCAAAGCUGUAAGAUGUCAACAGUAGUGUUUGCCUCUGUGGUUCGGGUUGGGGACGGCCUGCCACUCUCUGCAUCCACCGACUAUGAGCAGGAUAAAGAGCUUCAGGAAACCAAGCGGCAUCUCAAAGGUCUCUCUAAAAAGCUCAGCCAGUUUCCGGACCGCUGCACCCUUAAGACUGGAACGUACAAUGUCAACUUCAUAAGCUCACUGGGUGUUGGAUACCUGAUGGUGUGCACGGCAAACUACCCCAACGUGCUGGCCUUCUGCUUCCUGGACGAGCUGCAGAAAGAGUUCAUAGUAACGUAUGACACCAAACGCACCAGCAGCGUUGUGCGGCCCUACUCCUUUAUUGAAUUUGACACCUUCAUCCAGAAGACAAAGCAGCGCUACAACAGCCCUCGUUCUCUGUCCACCAAGAUCAACCUGUCUGACAUGCAGACAGAGAUCAGGCUGCGACCGCCCUACCAGCUCUCCCCUGAGGACCUGCGAGCUAUCAAUGGAUUCACUGUACACACACCUACCAAGUACAAGGGCAUAGCUCCCACACAGAUGUUGGAGCCGGUGACUCUCCAAGGCAUCGUGUCCUGUGUACUAAGUGUCCUCUGUGGAGGCUUGAACCUGCUUCGAGGAGUCCAUGCUAUAGAGAGCAUUUUACAGAAUAACGAUGAAGACUUUAAUUAUGUGAUUGCCUUCUUCCUCGGCACAGCAGCCUGUCUGUAUCAGUGCUACCUGUUUGCCUACUUCUCUGUGUGGAGGAACAGUAAGUCCUUCCUGGCAUUUGCACUCAUCUGUCUGUCCAACAUGUAUCUGUAUGAACUGAGGAACAUGUGGCAGAUCCUCUUCCAUGUGGCCGUGGGCGCCUUCAUGACCCUGCAGAUAAAACUGAGACAACCGCUGGGCAAAGCUCCGGACUAUAACGUCUGACAAAAACUUUAAACACAGAGGAAAAAUGGACCAACUGUCUCACGAAAGCCCUGGAAAUACAGCUGAGGCAGCACCGACCAGUUCGAGGCCAAAGUGGAGACCAAGUAAGAGGGAAUCUGGCAGAACCGCAGUCGUCUUGUUCUCACUCAAUCCCAGAACCAGUGGACAAAUCUGAGUGAGACACACUGCUGCAGCCUUGAAUCAUCUGAGGAAUUUAUUCGAUUGAUUUGAGAAGUUGUCUGUUUACGACAUUUACUGAUACUUCCUUUCUUUGCAGCUAUAGUUUAUUCCUGUAUUCAGGAUGUUCAGUUUUGCCAUCUGUGCUCUCACAGCAGCGACAAAAUUAAGUAUUGGAACGACCUGUCAUGUUUAAAACCCUCUUCAAUUCAAAUAGCCGUAGACAAACCGUUGUAAUAUCUUACGUCAUGUUAAACCUCCCAUUACAUUUAAGAUAUUAAGUUUCAGUAUUCAAAAUUCAAACGCUGUGGUAGGAGCUUGGAAGAAUUUACAAUUUAUAAAAUAUCUGACCAAAUUAUAUGUUACCUAGAAUGAAAAUUCAUACAAAACUUAUACAAGUUUGACACAUGAAACAACAUAUUUCUGUAUUUAAUAUUCUUUGAUUUCAGAGUUAAUUCAGUUUGUCCUGUUUUCUGUUUUUCCACAACAUUCAGCUUGCAUUUAAUUUCCUGUUAUAUGCUUUUAUUUGCACAUGAAUGCUUGAUUACCUGGCCUCGUGCAGGGCUCUGGAUUAAGUCUUGGCUUGAAACUAUGCAACGCUGCCUCACAUAUAUAUCACUUCAAUGUUUGUGCAUUCUGUAUUUAGAAGCCAAAUAUCUUACUUUGAAGAGCAAAUAUAAAUGUUGUAGAUGGUUCAUUUAGCUAUUUAUUUCCUGAUGGAUUCAUUGGCACAUGCUCAGUGAAGAUUUAUACAGAUAUUUUAUCAGUUUUAAUUGUUGUCUCAUGUUUCGCUUCUUUUAAAAAUGUGCAUCUUGUCACAAAGCUUUCCCGGCUCCAGUCGACACAAACAGCCUGUUAGCAUUCAUUCCCCACUUCCUCGCCCACACAGCCGCGAGCAUGUGCCUGUGUCAAGUGACUUUGUUAAUAAACAAGUCUGUGUUGGCAGCGGUAAAGGAACUUGCUGUGUGGUUGAGGCCAGAGGCAGCUCGGAUCAUCUGAGCAGCCCUUGGCGUGUACCCCCCCCGACGAUCCCCUCGCUUCAGACACGGCUGCAUCAGGCACUUAGGAAGACAAAAACUCAGCCUCUCACUCUGCCUGUGUAAUGGAUAUGAGCACAAAAUUCCCAUUUAACGUCAUUACAAUCAGGAGACGCCACAUUCAUCGUGAAUAAGCUGCGUGAGGUUUUCUUCUAAAACGACGGGAAGAUUUCCCGGCUUCCUACAGCAUCCCAACAAAUAGUAAACCAAUGGAAAAGGGUAGAGACAUGAGUCAUGCCUUUAUUGUUCAUUGUUCAUGAGAAGCACAACUGUUGUGCCAAUAUUGUCAUAAUGUUCUUUUUGUUUUCUAUACUGAUCAAAGUUAAAAGGGAAAAGAAAAGAAGUAAACACACGCAACUAGCCUCAGUGUCCAUCUGGCAGCUGCACUCCACAUCUGUCUGGGGAGCGCUGCUUCACUUCAGCCUCGUAUGAUUCAUCACUGUGUUCAGAGAAUGUUCCCUCGCUUUCCAGCAGACGCACCACACCUACAUGACCUAAUAGUUCCUUACACAAUAUGGCUCGGAUUUGAUUGGAUCUGGAUUGUACUUCACUGGCUCCAGUUGUUUAUGUUCUUUUUCCACAGCAGUGACAGAAGAUGUGUGUUGUGUAAAAUCUGAAAAAAUGUACUUCAAUGGUUUUAUACUGUUUUACGAUUUCUUUCCAGUUCCUAAGAACGUGGGAGUGAACUGCAAAACAAUAUUUGUAUGCGAUUUCCCCCCCACCACAUUUUUAUUCAUUUUAAAGUUAUUAGUUCACAGAAUAAUACAAUACUUUAUUGUAUAUGCAGGGUUCGAUUCAGGAAACGCAGAAGUGGAAAAGAAUGGCUCUAAUUUGAAAAUGUGUUUGAACACUGGAUUAAAAGCAUAUCUGAGACUGAAA